UCUCUCCUGCUCUGUUUCCCUGGUUUCGUGAGCCUUGGAGGUGCUCAGGCUCCCUUUGGCUCUACAUUCCUGGCUUUCACCAUCUAUCCAAAGCAUCUGAAGCUAUGGGUUGCCAGCUGAGGCAGGAUCCACCACGACCCGGGUGUCCCCAUCUCAGACUUGUUCAUCUCAUUGUGCUGCUGGUUGGUCUUUUUCGAAUAUCUUCAGGUGAUUUCCAAGUGUCCAAGUCAGUGAAAGAAAAAGUAUCACUACCCUGUGGUUACAACUUUUCCAUUGAGGAGCUGGAAAUACUCCGAAUCUACUGGCAAAAAGAUAACGAAAUGGUGCUGAGUUUCAUCUCUGGAGAGAGGGAAGUGUGGCCAAAGUAUAAGAACCGGACUUUGCUUGACAUCACUGACAACUUCCGUCUUAUGAUCCUGCCCCUAUUCCUGUCCGAUAGGGGCCUAUAUACCUGUGUGGUUCAGAAGAAAGAAAAAGGGUCUUAUGUGCUGAAGCACUUGACUUCCGUGGCGCUAUUUGUCAGAGCUGACUUCCUAGUUCCUAACAUAAUUCAGCUUGAAGAGCCAUCUGCAGACAUUAAAAGGAUAAUGUGCUUAACCUCCGGAGGUUUCCCAAAGCCUCGCCUCACCUGGUUGGAAGACGGAAAAGAAUUAAGUGGCAUCAAUACAACAAUUUCUCAGGAUCCUGAAACUGAACUGUACACUGUCAGUAGCAAACUGGAUUUCAAUAUGACACACAACCACAGCAUUGUGUGUCACAUUGCAUAUGGAGACUCUCAAGUGUCAAAGAACUUCACCUGGGAAAAACCCCCAGAAGCCCCUCCUGAUAGAAAUCACUUUGUCACUAUCAUCAUCAUAUCUACAUUAGUAGUUCUUUCUGCAAUCUUUAUUGCGCACAGAUGUUUCACAAGAAGGAAAAAGGCAAGCAGAAGAGGAAACAAUGGCAUUUACCUAGGGCCUGCAGAAGCAUCAACUGGACAGAAUGUCUGAAGGUCUCACCUACAUUUGCAACUGGCUUCUUCCAUAAACGUCUUCAGAAAUUUAAGACUGCCCAACUGUGCCUUGCAAACAUCUGUUCUCUAGGUGAAGAAGCCUCUGCAAUGUUUUGCAGAAGACCAGGGAAUUUAACUCAUACCACAGCAGCCCUGCUGAUCUUGAAAAAGUAGUUUAGAGACAGUCUUACUCUGUUGCUCAAGGUCACUAUGUGGCCCAGGCAGCUUUCAAACAUGUAGCAAUCCUCCUGCACUAGUGCCAGAAUUACAGGUGUGAGCUACCACACUUGGUAGAACACUAGUUGUAUUAAUGAAGACACUGAGGCUCCACGAGGAGACCUGAAUUUUGAAGUCAAGUCAGAAUCCAGAUUUCCUGGCUCUAUUGUUCUUUACCUACAUCAGUUAGACCCUAAGCUCCAACCUAAGCUCCAAGCUCUUAGACAGACUAAUUUAAAAUGCUGGUAAUAUUUGCUUAGUAUCUAUGGGCCCUGGGUGCUUUUUUGUUUGGGGGAUUUUUGUUUGUCUGUUUUUUGGAGGCAGGGUUUCUCUGUCCUGGAACUCACUUUGUGGACCAGGCUGGCCUUGUACUCAGAGAGAUCCACUUGUCUGCCUCCUAAGUGCUGGGAUUAAAGGCAUGUGACACCACUGCCCAGCUGUUUCUUUUUUAAGGCCUAUUGGGCCUAGUGUAAUUUGUAGGAAAUAUCUUGGUAAGUAUACCCAUACAAGGGUAAUAAAAAUACUAGAAUUUUCAGUCUGCAUUUUUUCAUGUAUUUUUCCUUUCAUUUUUCUCAAGUUCAAGAGAAAACAGAAUGAUCAAACAUGAAUUUUUCCAGACAUCUAAGAUGAAUAUAUGUCUUUCAUACCUCAAAGCAGAAGUCAGGUUGGAGGCAUAGUUCAUAGUCUACUAGUUCAUAUUGGACUGGCAAUCUCCUUAGGCUAGUUUUCCCUUUUAUAUAAUGCUUGAGAAAGUUCUCAUUUAAAAUGAGAUUAUUUACUAAGCAGCAAUUUGUCCUCACAUAAAUGAGGUGAUACUAGCUUUCCAUUGAAUUUCUUAGAUUCCUUGAAGAAGCUUUUGCCCCUUAGUAUUGAUAGAUCUGCUACCAAUGGAAAACUGAGAAGCAAUAAGUCAGUUAGGCACAGUGGCACACACCUGUAAUGCCAGCACUCAGGAGGCUGAGGCAGGAGGAUUGAAUUCCAGGCAGCAUGGGCUGCAUAGUAAGACCCUAAGACAACUCCCUCCCCGCCCACCAAAGGAAGGGGAGACAAGACGUGGCCAAGUGCUGCUUCCAUGUUGAAAGUUCCCCUUUCUCUGAAACUGUCAUCUACAGCUAACUAGGUCAGAAGUGAUCUAGGUCAAAGCAAUGAGAUAUUCUUGUCUAAAAAUCUGGACUCGGACAUCAAAAGACAGCCAAGUCUCUCAAUGUGGCGGGAUGUUUAAUUUUUAAGAGCUCUAAUGAGGCCAGGUUCUAUUGUACUGUCCAAGAAACGGGUCCAUUUUCAUAGGGCUGCUCUCAGAACAAGUCACCAAAGAAGAUAAAAGCAGUGGACUGGCAAGAAGCCGACAAAACUUUGAAAGCAACCAAACAAAAGCAGGGGGGAGCAGCUGCAUUUACUUAAGACAAAGAUCAUUAGGCUAAGCAAAUGAGACCUCAAAAGAGACUUAAGUGAUAAAAAAAGGAACAAUCUAUGGGACAACUUAAGAAGCAAAUUGGAUUAAAUUACUGACUACUACAUUUGAUAAACAUUAAGAGCUAUACUUUAAUUUUAUUACACAGGUAUUUUUAGGUUAAAAGUAAAAUGAUUUUUAAAAGCGA